AUGAAUGAGCUUGAGAAACUCCUGAGUAAAGCUACUAAUCCAUUAUCUGAACAGCUUAAUUCUGACACGCUGAAUGCAAUUGCUAAGCUAAUCGAUACUCAACCAAAUGGUCCAGUUUUCACUCUUCGUCUUCUUGCUCAUAAGAUUAAAUCUCCACAUGAAAAAGAGGCACUUAGUUCACUAGCGCUGUUAGAAUCUUUGUCCAGGAGAUGUGGUCCAACAUUUUUAUCCGAGCUAGGGAAGUUCAAAUUUCUCAACGAACUGAUCAAAGUUCUUUCACCGAAGUAUCUAGGUGAUCAAACAUCUUCUUGUGUAAAGAAUAAAUGUGCUCAAUUACUUCAUGAUUGGCAACGUGAUUUUUCACAAAAUGAACCAAAAAUUUCAGAAGCCUACAAUAUGCUUGUUCGUGAAGGCAUCAUAACUUCAGAUCAGAUAACAUCGAAAAGUUCCACGACAGAGGUAUGUCGUUCAGCAUCUUCAACUGCUGAAGAUAAACAAAAUAUUUUUGAACGUAACAAAAAAUCUGAGCGUUUAACUCAACUACUUCGAAGUCGUAAUCCAGCUGAUCUACGUGAAGCAAACGCACUCAUCAAGAGUAUAGUAGAAGAGGACCAAGUUCGUAUGGAAAAAGUGAGUCAGAGGUCAAGUGAAAUGGAAUCUUUAAGAAAUAAUACACUAUUGUUAGAAGAAAUGAUAGGAACUUAUAUGCUUGGUGAAAGUACAGAUGCUGAACUGGAAUUAAUGAGCGAGUUGACGGAAAAUAUACGCAGAGCACGUCCAUUGUUAUACAGUUUUUCCCUGACUCAUGAAGAACAAGAUAUGGAAACAUUAACUGAAAUCGGUCGAAUAUGCGAUAAAGCUAGUGAGGUUAUAGAAAAUUAUGAACGAAAAGUGGAUAAAAAAGGCAUACGUAAAACUAUUUCAUCUUCAUCAACACACAAUUCUCAGUCAUCAUCAAAUGAGAAUGAUACAUCAAGAAAUCAUGUUCCCGAUUUACUUACACAAGAUUUAAUGAAUUUAGGCUUAGAUGAACCGAUUACACCGUUAGCUAAUACAGGAAUAGUAGCAUCAUCUUCGGAUGUAUUGUUGUUGAAUAUGUCAAAUCAUUCACCUAGUAAUACUUCAAUUGAAUCAUCACCUAAUAAACACAUUCCUACAAUUGAGGUAUGUACUUCAUUAACUACUAACUGCCCUCGUGGAAGUAAAUCGAAUUAUGAUGAUCUACAGGAUAUAUUUUCUACGUCGAAUAAUGUUUCUGCGACUAAUUCAUCAGUUGUGAAUUCUGUUUCACCAAUGCUUUAUCCAUCAAUUGAAUUGGAUAAUUUGAGUCGUCAAAUGUUUGAAUUGUCAAAAACGAAUGCUUUAGCAGAUACCAAUCUGUCGAAACUGCUUGGCAACGAUUCAACUUUAUACUCUCAGAAAAAUUCAACUGACAAUAACAACACCAAUAUAGUCAAAGAAACCAAUGAAGCUCCCAUUGAUGGUGAUCAUAAUCACAAUAGUAUAGCUGUAGUAUCAUUUCAGCCUACAUCUGUUGACCUAAAAUCUUAUGAUAUUCAACUCUCUUCUAUACAACCGCAUACAGUGUAUACAACACCAGUCACUCUUUAUCCUGAUACUACUACUACUGGUGAUGAUAACAUAAAUAAUUCCCAAGCAGAUAAGAAUUGUAUCAAAUUGUCGCUACACUAUGCUAAUAAUCGACCUGAUCCUCAAGUGAUGGUCUUUGUCGCUGUGAUAUCCAGUCAAAAUCCCUUGCCUAUUACUGAAAUCAAUGUUAGAUUUGGUGUUGAAAAGCCGUGUAAAAUAAGACAACUUUCGGCAUCCGGUGAAAAUCUACCAGCCUAUUCACCUUUCCUGCCAGCUGCUUCAAUAAGUCAAGUGUUAUUAAUUCAUAAUCCUUCAAAAUUAGAGAAAUUUGUGCUUAAAUUUCAACUUUCUUUCAUAUUAGACGGUGAAGCUAUUCUAGAAUCUGGGAAGUUCGAACUACCAUGUGCAUAA